AUGGCAACUUCUGCUCCUGCGAAAGCCCCAGAAGCCACUUCCAAACAAGUUACUACACCCUCCAAUCCAGCAGUCUUGGAGAAGGCUCAAGAUACACUUCCUUCCCUCCACUGGGCCAACUUGUUCCUUCUAACAAGCAAAUUGGCAAAAGAUUCAAAGUGGCCACGAAGAGGGACCAAAGAAUUACCUACACCUUUGAAAACCAUCGAUCACGUGCAAUCUAUCUCUCCCCCUCUUACUCAAAGCAGCAACAUCCUCUCCAUGAACCAUGGGGAGAACAUGUUGACUGCUAUAGUAGUGGCUACUCCUGCCAGCUAUCGAGGAUUGCAUAGCCACCCGUUAGCCUCAUUCUCCUACUAA